CCUGGACACACAAGUAACUGUCAUUCUAGGCAAAGUGAUGCGAUCAUCUCUGCACAGAACAGAAGAACUGCAGAGCAGCAGCAUGGAGGCGAUUUGUAAAGUCAGCACUCAUCAAUCUACAGGCCUUGAGAAGACCAUCACUGUGUUCAGGGGCAAUGCCAGUCUGGGUAUGACAGUGAGUGCUCUAAGAGAUGGCUCAGGUAUAGCCAUCCGCUCAGUGGUUAAUGGAGGUGCUGUAAGUAAAGAUGGUAGACUGAAAGUGGGAGAUGGAAUCCUGGCCUUGAAUGGAGAACCCACCACCAAUCUCAGCAAUACACAGGCUAGAGCUAUGCUACGCAAACAUUCACUUAUUGGACCUGAGCUCAGGGUGACACUGAUCAGGACAAAUGGAGAAAGCCUUGGUAUCAGUGUGAUUGGGGGACGGGGCAUGGGUUGUCGCCUCAGCAAUGGAGAAAUGAGGCGGGGCAUCUUUAUAAAACACAUCUCUGAGCACAGUUCAGCAGCCAGAGACAACACACUGACGCCUGGAGAUCGAAUAUUACAGGUCGGAGGUGUGGAUGUGAGUGAUUUCACUCAUGAAGAAGCAGUGGAAGCAAUUCGACAGGCAGGGGACAAGGUAGAACUGUUAGUGCAGAACCCACAGGUUUCAGACCUAGUCAUGAGCAAUGAAGAACAAUCGUCCCACCAAAAUAAUUUGAUGUGUGAGGAUGGCAACAAUCUACGUCUCUCCCCAUCCAAUCCUUUCAGCCCCAUCCCAUAUAAGCUUACAGGACACAGUUUGUUGAAAAAACCUCUACCACAACCGGCUCCACCUCCAUUGAGGCUCCCCUCAGGGCAUGUCAGCUUGUUAACUGAUGGAGUCGCAUCUAAAAGUGUUUCAGAAAGACUGAGCAGGCCAUCAGAGACUACACAGCACUACCAAGAGGGACAAGUGUCAUACUGGGGUCAUAUCUUGCAGAAAUAUGGUAGCUUGCCUGGCGAGCUCAGAUUGGUAGAGCUGGACUGCAGCACACACAGAUCUGGUCUGGGAGUGUGUGUGUCAGGAAGCAGAAAUGGAAGAAUGACUGUGUACGUCUCAGAAAUACAACCUGAUGGAGCCGCCGCUGCCGAUGGGCAAAUCAGUGUGGGAGAUGAGCUGUUGGAAAUAAAUGGGCAGGUUUUAUAUGGCCAGAGUUAUCAGAAUGCAAUUGCUGUUAUCAACAGUGCUUCAUCUAAAGUUAAGAUUGCAGAAAACAGCACCAUCACAUCAGCCUUGGAUGUGGAUAUCAGUAUGAAUAAAGAACAUAAGCAUGAUGCAACUGGGAUUCAGGAAGAAAGGAUGAGAUUGGGUAAACAGAAGCCUUGUCCUUCCAAGAGCCACAGUAACAAUCCUCCAAUCUCCUUCAUUGCCGCAUCCAGCCACAACCCUCUACAUGACCCUGCUUUUUUCUUCUCUCACAUCACACCAGCCACAUCUCACAACACAGCAGCCAGUCAUAUACACAGUAUUCACCAUAAACAAUCCUGCUGUCGCUUCAUGAUCAAUCCCUCUGCCUCUGGAGUACGGAGCUCCUCCUACUGUUCUGCGUGCAGUGUGAGAUCAGACCCCCUGACACGUCCCAUUAUCCCUGGCUGCAUAAACACCAUAGAGAUCUGUAAAGGACAUUCCAGUCUCGGCCUUACCAUAGUGGGUGGCUGCAACACAUUACUGGGAGUGAUUCUGAUUCAUGAGGUGAAUGAAGGAGGUGCUGCUCAUAGAGACGGGAGAUUAAUGGCAGGAGACUACAUCCUUGAGGUGAAUGGUAUAGACCUGAGAAUGGCUAGUCAUGAGGAGGCUCUAAGUGUCCUGCGCUUGAGUCCCCAACAUUUACGCCUCUGUGUGUACAGACACACUUCCACACACACCUUCCACAAUCAAGUUACACACACUCAUGAGGACAUGUGGGACCUUUUCACUGUGGACCUGCAGUUACAACCAGGCCAGGAGCUGGGCCUGAGCAUUGUGGGUAAAAGGCAUGACACAGGGAUAUUUGUGUCCGAGAUAAGUCAGGGAGGGGUGGUUGAGUCAGAUGGGAGACUCUCACUUGGUGAUCAGAUUCUGUCAAUAAACGGAGACGACAUCAGAGCUGUGACUCAAGACUAUGCCCACACACUACUACAGAACUGCAGUGGAUCAGUGGUGCUGGAGGUAGCACGUUUUAGAGCUACUCCACCUUAUCCAUAUGAGUGCCAGUUUUGA